CAAAAUGACAAACAAUUGUCGAUGUCACAAUGAUGUUUUUAACUUGAAUAGCAGUAGAAAAAUUAAAAUACAAUUAAUUAAAAUAAAACUAAUAAAUAAAAUGGUAAUGACUCCGUUUUAAGGUCAACAUUAAUUGCGUACUUUACUAAAAUAAAUUAUAAAGAAAAUUGCAUGAUGCCUCACGAUGAUAACGAAUAUAAUAGGUUAGCUACGGAGUACGAUCCUAUAAAAAUAGGUUCUAUUGAUGGCACUGACUCUGAAGCACACGACCGCGGCGUGCUGCGCGCCCUGCGCUCGGAGUAUGUCCCCAACAAGCAAGUGAGAGGUGAUCCCCGACAUACAUUGUUCAUUGGUCGGUUGAACCAUCGGACAACACAGGAAACAAUCCACUCUGAAUUUUCAAAAUUCGGCAAAAUCUUGAACUGUCGCUUGGUAAAAGAUAUUGUGACAGGGAAAUCGAAACAAUAUGCUUUUGUAGAAUAUGAAAAUAUGAGCUCUACUGAUACAGCAUGGAAGGAGAUGCAUGCAGAGAUGCUGGAUGGGUCAGAGCUGAUAGUGGAGCGUGAGGCAGAGAGGCGGCUGGUGGGCUGGCGGCCGCGAAGGCUGGGUGGAGGGUUUGGCGGUCGCAAGGAGUCGGGCCAGCUGAGAUUUGGGUGUCGAGCCAGGCCAUUUAGAAAACCAUUUGUGAUAGGACAAAAUGUUGAUCUUGUUCCAAAUAAUCAAAGAAGGGAUCACAAUAACUUUCAUUAAAAAAAGCAACACAAAACAGGAUGUAGACAAUCUGUGUGGUCAUGCACUGUAAAUGUCUGUGUUUGUCACAAAAAUGUGAACUGUAAAUAUGAUUGUAAAAU